GCAAUUCAUUUAAUAGUCACUUUUUAGGGAAAAUGUCAGAUUUGUUUUAUGUAUAUUUUUAUAUAUAUAAGUUAUAGCAUAUAUAGCAGUUAAAUCCACCUCAGAUAUGUUUGUGACAUCUCUCUGUAAAUGACAGCAGAUAACAUUGACAGUGUUUGCUCACCAAGCACAGAUGCAACAGUCUCCUUAACACAAGUCAGUUUUGUGACUAUUACAUUAAUUUAAUUAUUUUUAAGUUGCAUUUAACCUGAAGUUUGUUCAGGAAAUUUUGCAAAGCAGGAAUUAUGGAUUUUACUGUUCUGACUGAUUAUUCAUUCAUUCAAUCAUUCAUUCAUCUUCAUUAACCGCUUUAUCCUGCAAAGCUUUAUUCUACAAGGCAAGAAUGCACCCUGUAUGGGACACCAGUUCUGCUUAUGGCAUGGUACACAUACACACGCACACACACAGGUUUUUUUUUUUUUUUUUUUUUAUACGUGAUAUAAGCAGCUGCUUAAGGCAACAUCUUUGUUUCAGACAGGACACAGAAUGGAACUGAUGUGCAAAAGAGAUCUGCUGCGUUUGCUGUUAGGUAACUGGUGUGAAAACACAUAUUAUUAUGGCCGCUGAUCUAAAGCACACAAAAGCAAUGUGGAAGUCUUGCGUUUCUCUGUGUCCUUUCUGAAAGAUGUGCUUGGCUUUGGGGUUGCAUUGCUGUACCCUGUGAUUCACCACACAGUAACCUUCUACACACACGUGUGUAUCAAAUCAGGUAUUCUUCUCUGAAAGUCAGCCAGGCUAUUUUAGAUUUCUUUUUUUAAUCCUUAUACAUUUUGUCUUAAAUUUUUUUAAAUUAAUUAGUUAAAUGUUGUGUUGCUUGAUUUUUGAAGAAUGAAGCCAUGAAGUUUGAACUAACAGGUAUUUUGUUGUAAGUUUGGUUAUGGAGAUUAUGCCCUUGAUGUUGAAGAUCUGUUCCUCGGCAUUGUUUCUGAGUGACUCACCCAAAAAGCACACUGGCAGUUCCAGCGGAUUUUAAAAGGCAUGCAGGACCGAUCAGACAGGCGAAAGAUCUUUGGUACAUGAGCUGGGAAAAGGAUUUAAAAACCAGUACAGUAAUUAUCGUAAAAGAUUACUUUCUUUCUCAUUUCCUUUUGGGAUUCAUUUGAUUGUUAUGAUGGCAACAAGACAUUAUGUUGUGAUUUGGAUUGUUUUCUGUUUGGACCUGAUUGAUUCUUCCUUUGAUGAAUGCCACCAGGAGAGAGACAGACUUCAGGCACAGUUGAGGAGUAUGGAGGCUCGUGCUGUUAAGCAGCAGGAGAUGAUCCAGCGCUUACUGAACCUCAGUGAGCAGUCUCCGCUUCCUCUAAAUGAGAGCAUCUUUUAUGACCUAGAAGAUAAACAAUAUACAGACUGUGCUCAGAUUUUCAAUAAUGGUUACAAGAAGAGUGGAUUUUACAUGAUUAAACCUGAAAAGAGCCCAGCUCAGAUCAGAGUGUACUGUGAUAUGAAAGAGGGAGGCGGAUGGACAGUCUUCCAAAGACGUUCUGAUGGUAACGAGUCUUUUGACAGGGAUUGGAAUGAUUACAAAUCUGGUUUUGGUGAUAUGAAAUCUGCACAUGGAGAGUUCUGGUUAGGGAAUGACAACCUACAUUAUCUGACAUCCCAAGCUGAUUACAGCUUGAGAAUCGACUUGGAAGACUUUGAGGGCAGCCACCGUUUUGCUACGUACAAAAAGUUCAAAGUUGACAGUGAACAGAAUCAUUACCAGCUGCAGUUUGAUGGAUACAGAGGGAAUGCAGGAGACUCCCUCUCGGGCAGCUACAACCCUGAGGUACGGGGUUGGGCAAGUCACCAGGGCAUGAAAUUCAGCACCAAAGAUAAGGACAAUGAUCGCUAUGAGCGCAACUGUGCUCUGGAAGAUAGGUCUGGCUGGUGGUUUAACAGAUGUCACUCUGCCAAUCUGAAUGGACUGUACUAUAAGGGGCCUUACAGUGCAAUGACUGACAAUGGGAUAGUGUGGUACACCUGGCAUGGCUGGUGGUACUCUCUCAAAACAGUGGAAAUGAAGAUCAGGCCAAGUGCCUUUGAACCUAAUGAAGUCUAACAUAGCAUGCUCUACCAUUGCCUAAUUUUUCUUGGAAAAUGCAUAGAUGUAUGCAUAUUUGCAAUAUGUUUACAUACAGUUUAUAAUAAUAAAGAACAUAUACAAUGUAGCUUAUAGUAUGUGUAGUUUAUAGUGUGUAUAUAGUAUAUGUAGUUUAUAGGCUAGUAUAUAUACACUUUACAUCUAUAUAAUCACAAAGUGUUGGUAAAAAUGUCAGCAUACCAUUUUGACAUGCAUUUAUUUUCUUCAUGAUGAGAUGGGGGAUGCAACAUACAGGCAAAUAAAAAAAAUGAUGAACAUGAUCAAAUGUAAAUGCAAAUAUUUAACUAGACUCAAUCAGAGUGAA